CCCUUGGUCAUGCUUAGUCUUUUUCAACUCGUCUCUCAUCUUACUAAACUGUUGUCCUUACCUUUACCCGCCAUAAAAUAAUACAAAGACUUGGUUAGAUUUGAAAUUUUUAUUAACAAUCUAAUUAAAACUUGUUAAGUGAUACUAUUUAUGUAAGUAAAUUUGUAUCUAUCCAGUAAUUGAUAACACAAUGGUUGGAAUUCCAAACAAAUCACUCAACGGAGGUGACAAUCUUGUUGCAAAGCAAGAUUACUUAGUAGAUGACGAUUUCUUUAUGGGCGUUGCAUAUCUUGUGGCAGAACUAAGUAAGGAUCCGUGUACCCAGCUUGGGGUUUGUAUUGUUGAUGAACAUGGGCAUAUUGUAAGUACCGGUUAUAAUGGAAUGCCAUUUGGCUGUAAUGAUGACGAAUUUCCAUGGGGAAAACACAAUGAAGAUCCAUUACAAAACAAGAGUACCUUUGUAUGUCACGCUGAAGCUAAUGCAAUUUUAAACAAGCAUUCACAUAAUUUGGAAAAUUGUACUAUGUACCUCAAACUUUUCCCGUGUAGUGAAUGUGCAAAAUUAAUUGUACAAGCGCGUGUUAAAAAAAUUGUCUACACCUAUGAUGAACCUGAAAAAACAAAUUCUGAAGCUUCCAAAAUUAUGUUUGAUGCUGCGUCCAUUGAAUACAGACAACAUGUUCCCAAAACUCCAAUAAUCAGAAUCAAUUUAAAAAACGCUGAUUGAUUCUCAUAAGAUUAUUUUACAAACGACACCAUGGCGAAAAAUUGUUUUUUGAAGAGAAAUUUUAUUACUAUCUAAUCACAAAAUAAUAUGAUGUAUUCCUUUAACGUUAAAGUUUGACAAAGGUUUUUUGUGUCUAAAAAAAAAUUACUUCAUUAAAACAUAUAGUUACCGCCAUUUUGAAAUUCAUCAAAAAUUUUAUUUAUUUCUAAUUAUUUUCGUUAUGUUAACAAGAAAAAAAAGAUUAAUUAUUUUUUAACAGUUCAGUCAGUGUUAGCCUCGACACUACUUUUGUAUGUUUUAUUUAAGAUAAUUUAUAACUCAUAUGAUUAUGAAAUAAGUUUGAUUGUAAGCCAGUUCUUUAUAAUUGAAAAAAAUAUUGUAAAACACAUUCAGUAGAACUGAAAUAAACGUUUAUGAUUAGUACACAGUAA